CUGCGGCCACACCAUACCACAAGUGCUAUAUUAAACAGCUUUUUAAAGAAAAGCUCUCUCUAACAAAAUAAUAACGGUAACUCUGUGAGUGGAGUUGUCCGUUACCAAGGCAACUGUCAAAGGAACAAGUGAAUUAUUUAUUAAAUAUAUAAAACUCAAUGCAUAACGUUAAUUAAAUCGUCUUCCGAUGUCGCGUUCUGUUUACGACGUGCAACGCGACUUUGCAUUGAGCAGUGGCCUACGCUCUGAAAUCAUUUGGGAUGCAUUGUCAGCAGAUCAGGCGGAUGUAUUGCAACAAAAAAUUGCAAAUCUUAUUGGUGUACACGAAGCAAAGAUAACGCGAAAAGUCGCGCGACAAAGACAGCAAGUGUUCGAUAAUGUCUGGCAACAAAGGAAAUACACAAAUGACGUUUUACUCUCGGCUAUUAUCUACGUAUUGGUCACAAACGAAACUGACCCGGAAUUGGCCAUGCAAUCCACAAGCUUCACUUGUCAUCCCGUGAUACGCACCCGCAAGUGCGUGAUGGAGGAGGAGGAGGACAACAGCGAUUGCUGCUGCAUGAUCUUUAUUGAUGAACAUGGCCGAGUCUAUGCCAACUGGAGGCAGUACGUCUAUAACAAUACACUACCAAAGGGCACCAUGAUAGCACCCAGUCAAGGUAUCUAUCGUCUCACCAAUGAUGUGGACACUGGUGUCCAUCUGAUGAUGCAUGCGACACCAGCGUCGCGUGUCAAGUGCAAAGUACUCAAGGCCAGCGACACUGUGGCCACAAUGGGAGGCUUAGCAGCCAGUUUACCAGUUGCCGCUGCUCUGGCCAUGCCUGUGGCGCCUCCUUUACUGCUUGGAGCCACCGUUGUUGGUGUGACUGCAGCCGCUUACAGCACUGUGCGCUCGGCCAGCGGUCUCUUUGACCGCCAUCGCUAUGGGCAAUCCAAUUCGCUAUGUGAUAAUGAGGCGCGCAACAGCUGGCUGGGCGUGGCUGGAGGCGUUGUUGGUCUGGGCGCCACUGGUGCCGCUAAUGCGCUCAGCGUGGUGGGAUCAGAGGCGCAUGCGGCUGCUCAAUUGGCCGUGAAGGGCAUCAAUGUGACGUCCAUUGUCAUUUCCGGCACGGGUGUGGCCAACAGUGCCUACGAUUUGUAUCUGAAAAUCAGCGACGAUGAGCCAUUGAGUGGAAUCGAUCUGCUGCAGCUUGCCUCCAGCUUGAUCAUCUUCACCCACUCCAUAAACAAUCUGCGCUUGGCCAUCGAGGCGACCAAUGCCUCCGACUUACGCUACGCUGUGCGCAAUCAAACCAGCAAAAUCUUUGGACAAAUCGCUAAUGAGUCGGCCAUGCUACAGAGUAGAGAUGCUGCCACCCAGAAGUUUGACUUUGUGCGCACCCUCAAUGAUAUACCCUACAAGGAGGUGUUGCUCAGUGCACUUGGUGCCUACAAGCACUUAAGCGAUCUGGGCGCCGCUUUGUUGCCCCAUUUGAUAAGCUCGAAUGAAGCUGGAGAGACGCAAUUGAAUGUGGAGUUUCUGGCCAAACAGUUUGGUCCAAAGUUUGUGCAGCACAUCAGCAACUGGAACAACUUGUUGGAUGUUCUGCUUGCCCUAGGAAGAUACUUCUCUGAGCAGACGGUGCAGCUGCUUAUGCAGCUGACACGCAGUUUUCUAGAGCAAAAUGUGGAUGGCAUAGAGUGCACCCUAAAGACAUUUCUAUCAACGGAAGCCGUGCUCUAUCGCAUAUUGAUGGAAUGCCUGCGAAAUUAUAAGGAUUUCACAUUGGAGUUGUUAGACCAAAGUCGCGAACCGAUUCUUGCAGGCGUUGCUACAUAUUUUGAAUCCUUGCAGCCGAAUAACACGGAGAACUGUCGAAGAAUCAAGUGUAAAGAUUGUCCCGGUUUCUAUCACCUUAAAGAAAAGUAGUCAAGUGGGAGUAAUUAAGCUUCCAUGUUAAUUUACAUAU